UAAUCUUUAAGUAUUCCAAAAACCAAUUUCCAAGUAAUGUCAAUUGUUAUUUGUUAAAAUCAAUAAUAAUUGUCAACUUUACUUGAACUUACGUCUGUCGACGAAAUGUUUAUCUUCGAAAUAAGUUAAAAAUGUUAGAAUGGAUGACAUACUUGACGGUCUCCCAACGAUAUAACUACGUUAUAACAAUUAACAAACAUAAUUUAUUAUAUGUGAAAUGUAAACCUCCAUGCAAAGUGUAAACCCAAAGAGUGUGAGCAUGUUGGGCCGUAAGCAAAGUAUUCGGAUCGAUAUGAUGGCUGCUGACUACGUUCAGGAAGAAUCGCUGAACGAAAGUGCAGAAAUCGAUUGGGUCAACAAGUUAUGGGUUCGAAGACUAAUGCGCUUUUGCGCUCUGCUCAGCUUGUUGUGUGUUAGUCUGAACACUCCGAAAACAUUCCAGACAUUUUAUUACUUGAAGUUUGCCACAUUUGUAUGUGACUUUGCGGUCACCGGUCUUUACACCGCCGAAAUGAUUGCCAAAAUGCACAUACGUGGCAUAUACAAGGGAGAUUCUCCGUACUUGAAAGACCACUGGUGCCAAUUUGAUGCCACGAUGGUGUUUUUUCUUUGGGUGUCAGUAAUAUUGCAAAUUUUCGAAAUCGUAGUCGAUUCGCCUGAAUAUAGUUAUUUAUCGAUAUUACGUGCGCCAAGACCAUUCAUUAUGAUCCGGUUCAUACGAGUCUUCCUUAAAUUCUCCAUGCCAAAAUCUAGAAUAAACCAAAUUUUCAAGCGUUCGAGUCAACAAAUUUACAAUGUUACAUUGUUCUUCCUGUUUUUUAUGUCAUUAUACGGUGUACUCGGCGUUCAACUAUUUGGUGAAAUGAAACAUCACUGUGUUUUGAAUACAACCGAUCCAAAGUAUAAAUAUAAUUUUUUUUUUCAUUUUUCAAAGGUUAAUUGUAUUACAUUUUUUUUUAAUGUCAUUAGGCAUGUCACUAUAAACAGUUUGGCUAUACCAGAUACGUUUUGCUCUACAGAACCGGGUGCAGGUUAUCAAUGCCCAACUGGUAUGAAAUGCAUGAAACUAGAAUUAUCGAGAUACAUUACAGGUUUCAGUGGAUUCGAUGAAUUCGCCACCAGUAUUUUUACCGUCUAUCAAGCAGCCUCGCAAGAAGGUUGGGUGUACAUUAUGUUCCGAACGUUCGACAGUCUUCCUGCCUGGAGAGCUAUAUUUUACUUUUCGACAUUAAUAUUUUUCCUCGCUUGGCUGGUAAAAAAUGUGUUCAUUGCUGUCAUCACGGAGACAUUCAAUGAAAUGCGAGUUCAAUUUCAACAGUUAUGGGGCCAAAGAAGACACGUUGGAAAUAAAACGUCUACCGAGAUACUUGUUAGCGAUGAAAACGGAUGGCGAUUAGUUACCCCAGAACAAAAUAAACAUAGAAAAUUAGCAUCGCCGUUAGGACAUAAAAUUCUCAACUCAGCUUGGUUCCGAUUACUCGUCAUGUGCAUAAUACUUAGUAAUGGCAUUGCGAUGGCCACUAUGAACUUUAAACACGAUGGACGUCCCCGUCAUGCUUUUUACGAAAAAUACUAUUACAUUGAAGUUGUGUACACUGUGGUAUUCAAUUUGGAAACGCUAUUCAAAAUGGGUUUACUCGGUUUUAAAGAAUAUUUUAAACAUUCUUACCAUAAGUUUGAGUUGAUGCUUGCAAUUGGUACUACGCUACACAUUGUACCUCAAUUCUAUUUGUCGGGUUUAACUUAUUUUCAGGUUUUAAGAAUUGUAAGACUCAUAAAAGCUUCACCAAUGUUAGAAGAUUUUGUUUACAAAAUAUUUGGUCCUGGUAAAAAACUGGGCAGUCUUAUUAUAUUUACAAUGUGUCUAUUGAUAAUUUCGUCGAGUAUUUCUAUGCAACUUUUCUGUUUCUUAUGCGAUUUUUCCAAAUUUGAAACUUUUCCUGAAGCUUUUAUGUCAAUGUUUCAAAUUCUUACACAAGAAGCGUGGGUGGAUGUAAUGGAUGAAACCAUGUUACGUACUCGCAAGGCCCUGGUGCCGUUAGUCGCAGUCUAUUUUAUACUUUACCACUUAUUUGUGACUUUGAUCGUACUGAGUCUUUUUGUUGCUGUCAUUUUGGAUAAUCUUGAGCUUGACGAAGAAUUAAAAAAGCUCAAACAAUUACGUUUCCGUGAACAAAGUGCUGAAAUCAAAGAAACAUUACCAUUUCGCCUGAGAAUUUUCGAAAAGUUUCCAGAUCGUCCAAAAAUGACCACUAUACAUAAACAACCGUCAGAAUUCAACCUGCCAAAAGUACGAGAAAGUUUUAUGAAACAAUUUGUCUUCGACAAAAGCGAUGAAGAAAUUGCAUUAGAAGGUAUGAAAAGCACAAAUGAAACAUUAAAACCCCUAUCGAUGACACGCAAACACCAUCCCGUCAGACUGUUGACUAAUCCACCAAAAGUGCGUACAGUAACACCAGAUUAUCGUAAAGCCAUAAUUUCAAACAUAAUCAAUGAUUCUAACAAUCAACGUCUACUGUUGGGAGAUUCAACAUUUUUGCCGCCAAAUUCUGGUCCCAAAGGUGCGGGUCUACAUACCCAAGGUACCAUCAACAAUAUGCAGCACACCCGAAUAGAUCACAAAAAAUCGAUGAGACAAAGCAUUCGUCGUGGGUCCAUAAAACUUAAACAGACUUAUGAGCACCUUAUGGAAAAUGGAGAUGUGAAUCGGUUGGCUACUGCGACAAGAGCCCGGCCUCAUGAUCUUGACAUCAAACUGUUGCAGGCUAAACGACAACAGGCCGAAAUGAGAAGAAACAAACGAGAGGAAGACUUGCGUGAAAACCAUCCGUUAUUCGAUACUCCUUUAUUCAUUGUUCCUAGGGAAUCUAAAUUUCGAAAACUUUGUCAAUUGAUCGUGUAUGCUCGAUAUGAAUUUAAACUCAGAGAUCCGCUUACGGGCGAAGAACGCCAGGUUAAAUACAAAGGUUUCCAUAAUUUCUUAGGAUUAGUCACCUAUUUAGACUGGUUAAUGAUACUAGUGACAACAUUGAGUUGUAUAUCAAUGAUGUUUGAAACCCCCAUUUAUCAAGUAAUGAAUACACCAGCUUUGCAAAUAGCGGAAUAUGUAUUUGUUUGCUUUAUGAGUAUAGAAAUAGCUCUAAAAAUCCUGGCCGAUGGUGUAUUUUUCACCCCGAAAGCGUACAUGAAAGAUGUAGCCGCUAUAUUAGAUGUAUUCGUAUAUGUGACAAGUUUAGUGUUUUUGUGGUGGAUGCCAACUAAUGUAGCUACAAAUUCUUCAGCACAUUUACUGAUGAUUUGUCGUUGUGUACGACCAUUACGUAUAUUUUCACUAGUGCCGCACAUGAGGAAAGUAGUCGAUGAACUUUGUCGAGGUUUCAAAGAAAUCUUAUUGGUAUCUGUUCUGUUGAUAGUUUUAAUGUUUGUAUUUGCCAGUUAUGGCGUACAAAUAUUUGGGGGCCGAUUAGCCCGUUGUAAUGAUCCAAAUAUUAAACGACGUGAAGAUUGUGUUGGAGUAUUUAUGCGCCAAGUGUUUGUCACGAAAAUGAAAAUCAAACCUGGGCCAAAUGAAUCUUACCCUGCCAUACUAGUGCCAAGAGUUUGGGCAAACCCAAGACGGUUCAAUUUCGAUAAUAUAGGAUAUGCUAUGCUGACACUGUUUGAAGUGUUGUCGUUCAAAGGGUGGCUGGACGUUCGGGAUAUACUGAUCAGCGCUUUAGGACCAGUCCACGCCAUAUACAUUCACAUUUUUAUAUUUUUGGGUUGUAUGAUUGGGCUUACACUUUUUGUGGGUGUUGUGAUCGCAAACUAUUCAGAAAACAAAGGAACUGCCCUUUUGACUGUUGACCAAAGGCGAUGGUGCGACUUGAAGAAAAGACUUAAAAUUGCACAACCUCUUCAUUUACCUCCUCGACCAGAUCGCAGAAAGUUUCGAGCUUUUAUCUAUGAUAUUACGCAAAAGAUACAUUUUAAGAGAUUUUUUGCCGUUAUUGUACUCAUUAACAGUUGUCUGUUGUGUGUUUCGUGGCGAGCUGGUGAUAAACAUACAGAAUCAUUGUCGUUGGUCAGCGCUUGUCUGACACUUAUAUUUGUGGUCGAAGUAAUUAUGAAAAUGAUUGCUUUCACUGCUCGCGGCUAUUGGCAAUCUCGCCGUAAUCGCUACGAUCUCUUAGUCACUGUUUUGGGAGUGAUUUGGAUAUGUACUCAUUUUGCAAUCCAUAAUGAACUGUCCUUUUCAUUUGGCUACAUAGUCGUUGUCUUACGAUUUUUUACCAUAACCGGUAAACACGCAACGCUAAAAAUGCUCAUGUUGACCGUUGGCGUUUCUGUUUGUAAGAGUUUUUUUAUUAUAUUUGGCAUGUUCCUUUUGGUAUUUUCGUAUGCUUUGGCCGGCACUAUAUUAUUUGGUACUGUGAAAUAUGGUGAAGGUAUUGGAAGACUUGCAAAUUUUGGUACUCCUGUUACUGGAGUAGCUAUGUUGUUUCGCAUAGUUACGGGAGAAGAUUGGAACAAAAUCAUGCACGAUUGUAUGAUCUUACCGCCGCAAUGUACGCCGGCCCCAAAUUAUUGGCAAACAGACUGUGGAAAUUAUGCGGCCGCAUUAAUAUAUUUUUGUUCGUUUUACGUAAUGAUUACAUAUAUUGUACUUAACCUUCUAGUCGCUAUUAUUAUGGAAAAUUUUUCUCUUUUCUAUUCCAACGAAGAAGAUGCCUUACUGUCUUACGCAGACAUAAGAAAUUUUCAACAUUCCUGGAAUAUUGUUGACGAUACACAAGCCGGUGUCAUUCAGGUGUACAAAGUCAAGUUUUUACUACGUCUGCUGAAAGGCAGGUUGGAGACUGAUCCACAAAAAGGUAAAAUGCUGUUAAAACAUAUGUGCUACGAAUUGGAAAGACUUCACAACGGCCAGGAAGUUACGUUCCACGAUGUUUUAAACAUGUUGUCUUAUCGUACGGUCGACAUAACAAAAGCCCUUCAACUCGAAGAACUUGUCGCACGUCAAGAUUUUGAAUUAAACAUUCAAGAAGAAGUCGCUAAACAAACCAUACGCAACUGGCUUGAAGGAUGUUUACGCAAAAUGAGAGCGGCUAAUAGACAACAAGGUAGCCUUUUAGCUGGCUUACGGGCUACCAAUGAAAUGCUACUACGUGAUUUCGAGGAGAAACAAGUGGCCAACAAAGAUAAGGAACCUGACGACAAAGAUAUAAAAAUUGACGUGAGUCGUUCAAAGCUGAAGUCGACUACAGGAAUAACUCGUUCCGAUAGUGUUGGAAGCAGUUCAGGGCGUAGAUAUUUAACGCCCACGCUAUCAGACCCGUCCGACAAAGAUAGGAAUCGUAAAGCUUCGUACAGAAAUUUGAAACCUUUGAAUAUGUCAAAUCUGAAUGUAUCCUCAACUUCUGCAACGCGUGAAACAAAAACUAAUACAUCCAAAGUGUCUAGUGCCGUAAAAGAAAUACAUGAAUGGUGGUUAGAGCAAUUGGAACAUUUUUCAGACAUGUCUUCGAGCGAGGAUGAAAGUUAUUUAUAGAUUUAAGAAUUAUGUUAGUUUAAAAUGAUCAGUUAUUAUUCCAAUAAUGUACAAGCUUAAACUUUAGGCCAUUGAAGAAAGUAUUAAAUCUAAAUUUUGGUUUUUGAAUUAUAGCCUAGUAAAAAAUAGCCUGUUGUUAAAUAAUAUUGUAAUACAUUAAAAGGGUAAAACAUAGUUUGUAAGCAAAAUAGUGAUAUUAAGUCAAUGUGUUGUUCAAUGUUUUGUUAAACUAAAUAAAUAUAGAUUUAAUUGCACAUAACUUUGUUCACAAAGAAUUGUAGACAUCUAAAUAUCUUCGGCGA